CCCUCCCUUCGCGUAUCGUCGUUUAGUUCAGUGUACCGAACGGCUCCAUCCGCGAAAGCUGCGGGGCGACCGGGACACGUGUUGCUGCGUGCCGCCCUUAUUAUACGCGAAUCGACGAUAAUAUAUAAUAUAGCUUCCAGUCACUUUUUUUUUUUUGAAAUUUGAUCGUAAUUAUUAUCAUUAUUAUCGUGUAUUCACACGAAAAACAUACCAUCAUACGCGCUGGAUCGUUCGUUUUUCGCUGUCUUGUUCGGUCGUAUCUAAAAAACUAUACCUAUAAAAUAAUCGAAUUUCGCGUGAAAAUAGAAUUUUUUUUCUGAAAACUGACGUCCGUUCCGGAGGGAAUAAUAUCGCCCAAGUAGUGACGCGCUGCACCGCGCGCCGUCUCCGCGACCAAUCUGCAGCGAGCGCGACGGCGGCGGUGCAGCCGGCGUUUGCGGACCGCACGUUUUGACUUCGCGGCGUCCACCUGUUGCCAAUAUCGUUUCGGCAGUAGUAGCAAUAGAGACACGGCGACUUCGGCUGUAGAAGUAGGAGUUGCAGUCGACGCGCACACGGCACCAUGUCAUCGCAUAGCAGUUCCAUGCGGACGUUCCGGAGUUCCGAUUCGGCCAGCGAGAUCGGAUCGUCGGAGACUUCGUUCUCCGAACAGUCUCAGCCGUAUUUUGCGUUGUGCUCGCCCCGGUCCAAGUCGUCCGUUAACGUGUCCAACAGCGGCGGCGCUGCUAUUGCGGCGGGUCCGGGUAGUAGUACGGUCGGCGGGUCCGGUUCAAUGUCAUCCGGCAUCAACCAUAAUAAUAACAAUAACAACAACAAUAACAACAACAAUAACAAUAAUUUUAAGCAGCAGUCGGCACAACAACCGCCGGCAGUAGCUUACCACCAUCAGCCGUGCCGGCGAUCGUCCAGCGCCAAAGCGGCUAACAAGCCGCGACCCGUUGUUCGCCGGGACCUGGGACAUGUCAACUCGUUCCCGGACGCGCAUCACAACAUACAUCAUAAGACGCCACCGGGCGCCGGUUCGUCGUCCACGUCGUAUUACACGCCGCCGAGGAGCCCGUCGCUGAGCGUGACCACGCCGACCGACGGGCCACCGCGGCGCAGCCCUACGACCCCGUCGUCCACUGGAGUGUUCAAAUUCCCGCCGUCCGCAGGUUCUGCGACCGCAUCUUCGUCGUCUGGCGGCUCGGCCAUUGUCCAUCAUUAUGGCCGCAGUGGCGGCACAAACCCGAACACACCGAGGACGCUACCCAGGAGUCCGUCCACGGGCAGUGCGGCUACCACCACGUCGUACAACACGAACAGCGAUAGCGCGUGCAACACUCACAGGUCAGCGUCUGAUUUAACUGAGUGCACGGAGGAGGAUAUAUCCACGAUGCCAGCGUCGGUUUCUAGACCAUCGUCACCUAGAGGCCGGGGACUAGCUUAUCUAGCUUCUCGUCGAAGUAGUCGUGACUCUCAAUUUUCCAAUGAAGAAUUAGCACCGCUUAACUUUAACGCCACAGCUCGUGGUAGACAGAGAAGAACAUCCAAUUUUUUGGAACUUCCAGUUCCGGAUCACGUAAGGCCUCGUGUUUGCAGUCUUCCAGAAAAACCAUAUAAUCCUCGAUCUGGGGACGAGUUGUAUCGACUUCGUACUUUUAGUAUAACUAAUAAAGGAGGUGUGGUAAAUUGUGGAGAUAGUAUUAUAAACAGAAGAUCCAGAAGCAAUACCAGCGUCAAUUCAACAACUAGCAAACAUAGUCCCAGUAAUCUAAGCGGAAUAUCACCUUUUGACGGUUCGUGUUGUGGUGGAAAUAGCAGCUAUAACGAUCUAAGUUCUGGAGAGUCUAGUGUUGCCGAGGAGAUACCCAAGUACAGAGUGGUACUUCUUGGCGAGUCUGGCGUUGGGAAAACGGCGUUAGUUUCGCAGUUCAUGACAUCUGAAUACAUGAACACGUACGACGCAUCCUUAGAUGACGAGUUUGGUGAAAAAACCGUUUCCAUACUAUUAGAUGGCGAAGAGUCUGAAAUGGUGUUCAUUGAUCACCCUAGCAUCGAAAUGUCGGUAGAAAAUUCAAUUGCUACAUACGAACCACAUGCUUGUAUUGUAGUAUACUCAGUAGUAUCAAAAGGGUCAUUAAAAGUAGCCGAAGAAAUAUUAAACUAUUUGUGGCAAGAGAAUUACACUCGCGAAAAGACGGUCAUCGUGGUCGGCAAUAAGGCGGACCUAAUGAGAGCAAGAUGUAUUACUACCGAAGACGGAAAACAAUUAGCGUGUUCACGGGAAUGUAAAUUUAUUGAAACUUCUAGUGGUAUUCAACAUAAUGUAGACGAGCUGUUGGUCGGUGUAUUGAAACAAAUCCGUCUUCGCGAGACCAGAGACAAAAAGAAACAGAAUCAACGGAAAACGGCUAUACACGGAUCGAAAACUUCACUAUCAUUACAUAUCGCUAAAGAAAUAUUGCAAAAAAUGUGUUUACUCGAUUCCAAGUCGAAGUCUUGCGGAAACCUCCACGUACUCUAAGUCGAAUAAUAACUAUAUCAUAUUGAUAACUCAACAUUUUCUGUACUCCUAUUUUUAAUUUACAAAUGCUCGUAUACUAUAUAUAUGAAACUAAUUGUGUAUAAACGCGCCUGAAACAAUCCUUGAUACUUACUUUGUACUUACUUCUUUACAGGGACGGAGUGGGUGAGACACUACACGGUUUAGUAACCAUGUGAUAUUUGUAAAAGAUACCUAUCGAUUGAUGAUUUAAGCCGACUUUAUACAGGGCGUCGGUCUAUUUUUAAGGGACUGGCAAAAGGACUGUUGCUGUAAAAACAUUUAUCACUUUUCUUCGUUCCUAUAUAAUAUACGUAUUUUUGUAUUUUCGUGAUCUUACUGAAACAAAAACGCGAAUGUUUCUAAAACGCUUCCGGGGCCUUGUUAUCCUAUAAAGGUCGGGGGGAUUAAUCCCCCUCUCUUUUCUAUUGACUGUUCUAUUUUUUCCUGUGAUAUAAUAUUAUACACAUUAUAAACAUUUCAAUCGUAUUCCCAU